AGAGUAUUUACCAAUUGUAACUUGACAACAAAAAGAAUCAAGUUCAAGGUUAAUUAUCAAACUAAUUGUAAUCAUCUUCAGUCCUGAAUAUUAACUAUUUUUCCUUACACAGAGGCGAAAGACGAUAAACCAGUUUGAAAGAUUUUUCUUUCUAAGCUUCGAGUAAGACUGAGAGAGAAAAGGUUUCAAUUGAGAUUAAGAUUGAGAAAAUUUCGCCCAAAAUUAAGUAGGACGAUCGAACCGACGAAAUUUCUCUUUCAUUGUUAUUCUAGCGCCAUCUUUUCUUUACUUGAUACAAGUUCUUAUCUUAAGUACUUUCAAUCUCUCUCUCUCUGUGUUGAUUAAACUGGAUUUUUCUUUUCUGAUGAAUUAACUGAUCGUUAGAGUUAAUCAUGUCUUCUCGAUUGUAUUUCGUAAAUGAUAUUCCAAGUGCUGUUCGUGAUAACCUUGAAGGUCUUGUCACCGUUAAUAGUCACCUGAUUAUCCACAAAACGUCCAACAUUGUGUUGAGAAAAGAUUUCGGAGAAUCAGUUCUGUCGAAACGUAAAGUUGCCUUAAUUUCUGGUGGUGGUUCGGGACAUGAGCCAUCACAUGCUGGUUUCGUUGGUCGAGGUUUGUUAACUGCUUCCGUUUCCGGUAAUAUAUUUGCUUCGCCCACUACUGAUGAGGUUCUGAGAACAAUUAAAAUCGUCAAUCCUAUUGGUCAAAACAGUGAAACCUUGUUAAUCGUUCCUAAUUACACUGGUGAUAGAAUUCACUUUGGAUUAGCAAAGGAAAAAGCUAUUGCGCUUGGGUUUAAAGUGGACAUUUUCGUGUUUGGUGAUGAUUGUGUUUUCAGAUCGGCGGGCGGAAAGGCUGGAGGAUCAAGAGGAUUAGCGGGUGUAUUUUUUAUCCAUAAAAUCGCUGGUGCCUUAGCUGAAUCGAAAUCAGAUCUUAGGUCCAUCAAAACAUAUCUACAGUCUAUUUCAGAUCGAAUCGCUUCCAUCUCGAUUUCUCUUGGUCCUUGUAAUGUUCCUGGAGUUGGUCCGUCUUUUGUUAUGCCUUCAGGGCAACUCGAAGUUGGUCUAGGAAUUCACGGAGAAAGAGGUUCUGAUCGUGUAUCAUAUAUUCCAGCUAAUGAAGCCGUUGCUUUGUUAAUUGGACGGUUGACCAGCGAAGAUGCUGGUCUAAGUGAAUACUUUUUACCUGAUCGAUCAACUCGAAUUGUCCUUUUAUUCAAUGACAAUGGUGGAUUAACAACUAUGGAAAUGAAUAUUAUUAUCAGAGAGACUGUCUCUCAGUUGACUUCGCAAGGAUUUACCAUUGAACGUACUUAUUCAGGUCGAUAUGUAACAUCUUUCGAUAUGGUCGGUAUCUGUAUUAGUAUGAUGGUCGUAAAUGAUGAAAUCUUGGCUCAUCUGGAUGCACCAUGUUACAGUGCUAUCAUAACCCAAGGAUCUUCUUUAUCUCGACAAUUAAAUGACCCAAGUAGACUGAUCAUCGAAGAUCAUGAAGAUGAAAGUUCACUUAGUUGUUACGAAAGUGUAGCCGAUAGAUUAACUGAGGACGAAACAAUAUUCAUCAAAUGUGUUUCCGCGGCUUGUAAAGUUUUAAUCGAUAACGAAAGUGAUCUUAAUAGACUUGAUUCAGAAUCAGGUGAUUCGGAUUGUGGAUCAACUUUAGCUGUUGGAGCUCGAAAAAUUUUAUCAACCAUAGAAUCGGGAAAAUUUGUAGCUUCUUUCCUUCAAUUAGCCCACAUUAUCGAGAGCUGUAUGGGCGGAACGAGUGGAGCACUUUUCAGUUUAUUUUUCAACGAAGCCUCGAAUGUUGUUGAAUCUAUGAGGUCGGUUAAUCCAGUUCUAGGAUUAUCCAUGCAAAGCUGGUUACCAAUCAUCAAAAGAUCGUGUAGCAAAAUGACCCUGUACAGUUACGCAGAGCCAGGAGAUCGAACCUUGGUUGACCCGUUGACCGCUUUGAUUAAAGCGCUAGAAAAUUUCCUGGCCUCAACUGAGCCCACGGCGAGUGUUUUGACCGCUAUAAUUGACGAAGUUAAAUUAUCAGCUGAAUCUACGGCCUCAAUGGUCGCUAAGAUUGGCCGAGCUUCGUACACGCCAAUACAACCAUAUCAAGGACCCGAUCCUGGAGCUUGGGCAAUUUACUUAAUUGUUGAAAAAGUUAUUUGCACUUAUAUUCAAUCAAAUUAACUUUGAAACAACAACAACAACAAUCAGUAAAAAUAACAAACAAUUUAUUAAUAAUUAUGACAAUGGAUAUUGAGGUCAAUCAAAAAAUGAAAAUGAUACAUUUUAAUUGUUUUAACAUGAUCAAAAUUGUCUAACAAGUUAAUUGCUUGUGAAAAAAAAGCUUAUCGAUAACAAUGAAAUUAAAUUAAUCGGGUUAUUAAUUUCAGUAAUUGUUAAAAA